CUCAACAUCAAUAUUCACUUCAAGUAAUGGCACCUCUCCCUCGACAUCAAUAUUCACUUCAAGUGAUGCCACCAAUCCCUCAACUGCAACGACAUCAACUUCAAAUAAUGCCACCAUUACUACACCGACAUUAACAGUCAUUUCAAGCGAUUCCACCACUCCCUCAAAAGCCACUUCAAGUGAUGCCACCACUCCCUCAUCUACAUCAAUAGUCACUUCAAGUGAUGCCACAGCUACUACAUCAACAUCAGCAGUCACUUCAAGCGAUAUCACUGUUCCUUCAACAUUUACUUCAAGUGGUGCCACCGCUACUACAUCAGCAUUCAGUUCAAGUGAUGCCAUCUCUUCCUCGACAUCAACAGUCACUUUAAGUGAUGCCACCACUCCCUCAGCAGUAGCUUCAAGUGAUGCCACCACUAAGUUGACAGUCACUUCAAGUGUUGAAACUAGUCCCGAGACACCAACACUAACUUCAACUGUGGCCACCAUUCCCUCUAUUGCUUCAAAAGUAAUCUCAACUGAUGCCACCAAUCCCUCAACUGUGUUUACAUUCUCAUCAAGUUAUGCCACAACUCCCUCAACUACAUUGAAAGUCACAAGUGAUGCCAUCACUCGCUCUACAACAUUGAUAAUGACAGACCCUUCAAAUGAUGCCACCUCUCCCUCAAGAGUCACUUCAAGUGAUACCACAACUCCCUUUUCUACAUUGACAGUCACUUCAAGUGAUAACACCUCUGCCUCGACAACAACAGUCCCUUCAAGUGUUGCCAACACUCCCUCGACAUUAACAUUCACUUUAAGUGAUGCCACCUCUCCCUUGACAUCAACAGUUACUUCAAGUAAUGCCACCUUUUCCUGGACAUCAACUGUCACAUCAAGUGAUGCCACCCCUUCCUCAACUAACUCUGUCUCUUCAAGUGAUGCCACCUCACCCUCGACAUCAACAGUCACUUCAAGUGAUGCCACCACUACAUCAACAGUCACUUCAAGUGAUGUCCCCAAUACAUCAACAGUUACUUCAAGUGAUGCUACCACUACAUCAACAGUCUCUUCAAGUGAUGCCCCCACUCCCUCGACAUCAACAGUCACUUCAAGUGAUAGCACAAAUACAUCAACAGUCUCUUCAAGUGAUGCCACCACUCCCUCGACAUUAACAGUCACUUCAAGUAAUGCCACGUCUCCCUCAACAUUAACAGUCACUUCAAGUGAUACUACCACUACAGCAACAGUCACUUCAAGUGAUGCCCCCACUACAUCGAUAGUAUCUUCAAAUGAUACCAACUCUCCCUCGACUUCAACAGUCACUUCAAGUGAUGCCAACACCACAUCAACAGUCACUUCAAGUGAUCCUACCACUACAUCGACUGUCCCUUCAAGUGAUACCACCACUACCUCAACAUUAACAGUCACUUCAAGAAAUGCCACCAACACAUUGACAGUCUCUACAAGUGAUGCCUCCACUCCUUCGACAUCAACAGUCACUUCAAGUGAUGCCACCAAUACAUCAACAGUCACUUCAAGUGAUGCUACCACUACAUUGACAGUCACUUCAAGUUAUGCUACCACUACAUUGACAGUCUCUUCAAGUGAUAGCACCACACCCUCAACAUCAAGAGUCACUUCAAGAAAUGCCACGUCUCCCUCGACAUCAACAGUCACUUCAAGUGAUACCACCAAUACAUCGACAGUCACUUCAAGUGAUGCCUCCACUUCUUCGACUUCAACAGUCACUUCAAGUGAUGCCACCAAUACAUCAACAUUCACUUCAAGUGAUGCUACCACUACAUUGACAGUCACUUCAAGUGAUGCUUCCACUACAUCGACAGUCACUUCAAGUGAUCCCACCACUACCUCGACAUUAACAGUCACUUCCAGAAAUUCCACCUCUCCCUCAACAUCAACAGUCACUUCAAGUGAUGCCCCCAAUACAUUGACAGUCACAUCAAGUGAUGAUACCACUACAUUGACAGUCUCUUCAAGUGAUGCCACCACUCCCUCAACAUCAACAGUCACUUCAAGAUAUGCAACCUCUCCCUCAACUACAUCUACAGUCACGUCAAGUAAUGCCACCUCUCCCUCGACAUCAAUAAUCAGUUCAAGUGAUACUACCGCUACAUCGACAGUAUCUUCAAGUGAUACCACCUCUCCCUCGACUUCAACAGUCACUUCAAGUGAUGCCACCACUACAUCAACAGUCACUUCAAAUGAUGCUACCACUACAUCGACAGUCCCUUCAAGUGAUACCACCACUCCCUCAACAUCAACAGUCACUUCAAGUGAUGCCACCAUUACAUCGACAGUCUCUACAAGUGAUGCCUCCACUGCUUCGACUUCAACCGUCACUUCAAGUGAUGCCACCACUACAUUAACAGUCACUUCAAGUAAUGCCACGUCUCCCUCGACAUCAACAUUCACUUCAAGUGAUGCCACCAGUAUAGCGACAGUCUCUUCAAGUGACUGCACCUCUCCUUCUACAUCAACAGUCACUUCAAGUAGUGCCACCAAUACAUUGACAGUCUCUACAAGUGAUGACUCCACUCCCUCGACAUUAACAGUCACUUCAAGUAAUGCCACCUCUCCCUCGACAUCAACAUUCACUUCAAGUGAUGCCACCAGUAUAGCGACAGUCUCUUCAAGUGACUGCACCUCUCCUUCUACAUCAACAGUCACUUCAAGUAGUGCCACCACUACAUCGACAGUCUCUUCAAGUGAUGCCACCUCUCUCUCGACAUCAACAGUCACUUCAAGUGAUGCUCACACCACAUCAACAGUCCCUUCAAGCGAUGCCAGCACUCCUUCGACGUUAACAGUCACUACAAGUAAUGCCACCUCUCCCUUGACUUUAACAGUCACUUCAAGUGAUGCCACCAAUACAUCAACAGUCACUUCAGGUGAUGCUACUGCUACAUUGACAGUCUCUUCAAGUGAAGCCACCACUCCCUCAACAUCAACAGUCACUUCAAGUGAUGCAACCUCUCCCACAGCUACAUCUACAGUCACGCCAAGUAAUGCCACCUCUCCCUCGACAUCAACAGUCACUUCAAGUGAUACUACCAAUACAUCAACAAUCAGUUCAAGUGAUGCCACCACUACAUCGACAGUCCCUUCACGUGAUGCCACCUCUCCCUCAACUUCAACAGUCACUUCAAGUGAUGCAACCUCUCCCUCAACAACAUCUACAGUCACUUCAAGCAAUGCCACCUCUCCGUCGACAUCAACAGUCACUUCAAGUGAUGCCACCUUUUCCUGGACCUCAACUGUCACUUCAAGUGAUGCCACCGCUUCCUCAACUACAUCAACAGUCAAUUCAAGUGAUGUCAUCACUACAUCAACAGUCAGUUCAAGUGAUGCUACCACUACAUCGACAGUCCCUUCAAGUGAUGCCACCACUACAUCUACAUCGACAGUCUCUUUAAGUGAUACCUCCACACCCUCGACUUUAACAUACACUUCAAGUGAUGCCACCACUCCCUCAACUACAUCUACAGUCACGCCAAGUAAUGCCACCUCUAAGGCAACAUCAACAGUCACUUCAAGUAAUGCCACCUCUAAGGCAACAUCAACAAUCACUUCAAGUAAUGCCACGUCUCCCUCGACAUCAACAAUCACUUCAAGUGAUACUUCCUCUACAUUGGCAGUUACUUCAAGGGAUGCCACCUUUUACUGGACAUCAAGUGAUACCACCGCUUCCUCAACUACAUCAACAGUCACUUCAAGUGAUGCUACCACUACAUCGACAGUCUCUUCAAGUGAUGCCUCUACUCCUUCGACUUCAACAGUCACUUCAAGUGAUACCACCACUACAUCAACAGUCACUUCAAGUGAUGCUACCACUACAUCGACAGUCCCUUCAAGUGAUCCCACCAAUACCUCGACAAUAACAGUCACUUCAAGAAAUGACACCUCUCCCUCGACAUCAACAGUCACUUCAAGGGAUGCCACCAAUACAUUGACAGUCGCAUCAAGUGAUGCUACCACUACAUUUACAGUCUCUUCAAGUGAUACCAACUCUCCCUCGACUUCAACAGUCACUUCAAGUGAUGCCUCCACUCCCUCGACUUCAACAGUCACUUCAAGUGAUGCCACCACUACAUCGACAGUAUCUUCAAAUGAUACCAACUCUCCCUCGACUUCAACAGUCACUUCAAGUGAUGCCACCACUACAUCAACAGUCACCUCAAGUGAUGCUACCACUACAUCGACAGUCCCUUCAAGUGAUACCAAAACUCCCUCGACAUUAACAGUCACUUCAAGUAAUGCCACGUCUCCCUCGACAUCAACAGUCACUUCAAGUGAUACUACCACUACAGCAACAGUCACUUCAAGUGAUGCCACCACUACAUCGACAGUAUCUUCAAAUGAUACCAACUCUCCCUCGACUUCAACAGUCACUUCAAGUGAUGCCAACACCACAUCAACAGUCACUUCAAGUGAUCCUACCACUACAUCGACUGUCCCUUCAAGUGAUACCACCACUACCUCAACAUUAACAGUCACUUCAAGUAAUGCCACGUCUCCCUCAACAUCAACAGUCACUUCAAGAAAUGCCACCAACACAUCGACAGUCUCUACAAGUGAUGCCUCCACUCCUUCGACAUCAACAGUCACUUCAAGUGAUGCCACCAAUACAUCAACAGUCACUUCAAGUGAUGCUACCACUACAUUGACAGUCACUUCAAGUUAUGCUACCACUACAUUGACAGUCUCUUCAAGUGAUAGCACCACACCCUCAACAUCAAGAGUCACUUCAAGAAAUGCCACGUCUCCCUCGACAUCAACAGUCACUUCAAGUGAUACCACCAAUACAUCGACAGUCACUUCAAGUGAUGCCUCCACUUCUUCGACUUCAACAGUCACUUCAAGUGAUGCCACCAAUACAUCAACAUUCACUUCAAGUGAUGCUACCACUACAUUGACAGUCACUUCAAGUGAUGCUUCCACUACAUCGACAGUCACUUCAAGUGAUCCCACCACUACCUCGACAUUAACAGUCACUUCCAGAAAUUCCACCUCUCCCUCAACAUCAACAGUCACUUCAAGUGAUGCCCCCAAUACAUUGACAGUCACAUCAAGUGAUGAUACCACUACAUUGACAGUCUCUUCAAGUGAUGCCACCACUCCCUCAACAUCAACAGUCACUUCAAGAUAUGCAACCUCUCCCUCAACUACAUCUACAGUCACGUCAAGUAAUGCCACCUCUCCCUCGACAUCAACAAUCAGUUCAAGUGAUACUACCGCUACAUCGACAGUAUCUUCAAGUGAUACCACCUCUCCCUCUACUUCAACAGUCACUUCAAGUGAUGCCACCACUACAUCAACAGUCACUUCAAGUGAUGCUACCACUACAUCGACAGUCCCUUCAAGUGAUACCACCACUCCCUCAACAUCAACAGUCACUUCAAGUGAUGCCACCAUUACAUCGACAGUCUCUACAAGUGAUGUCUCCACUGCUUCGACUUCAACCGUCACUUCAAGUGAUGCCACCACUACAUUAACAGUCACUUCAAGUAAUGCCACGUCUCCCUCGACAUCAACAGUCACUUCAAGAAAUGCCACCAAUACAUUGACAGUCUCUACAAGUGAUGCCUCCACUCCUUCGACAUUGACAGUCACUUCAAGUGAUGCUACCACUUCAUUGACAGCUACUUCAAGUGAUGCCACCUUUUACUGGACAUCAAGUGAUGCCACCACUUCCUCAACUACAUCAAUAGUCAUUCCAAGUGAUGUCACCUCUCACUCUACAUCAACAGUCACUUCAAGUAGUGCCACCACUACAUCGACAGUCAUUCCAAGUGAUGCCACCACUCACUCGACAUCAACAGUCACUUCAAGAGAUGCCACAUCUCCCUCGACAUCAAACGUCACGCCAAGUGAUGCCACCACUUCCUCAACUACAUCAACAGUCACUUCAAGUGAUGCUACCACUACAUCGACAGUCACUUCAAAUUCCUCCUUUGACAUGACAGUGGUGGGCUUCCAGAGAGGUAGUGUGGUGGUCAGGAUGAUGUGUGGUUAUAAUGGGAACACUACCGCUGAUGAAAGAACUCUCCAGGCUGCUCUGCAGGACGCAAUCCGCAAACACUUGGACAACUCCGCCAUAGCUACCUUGAAAAGAGUUUCCCAGAUAUCAAUGGCCCCAGGAGCAGGCUGGAAAGUGGCGACAAUAGUCCUGGGAGUUCUGCUGGGCUUCACUUUGACAGUCGUGGUUGUUGUUCUGAUCAUCACCAUAGCGAGGAGAGCAGCUAGCAAGCUGACCUCAUAUAACAUCGAGCAAACAAAGCACAACAGACAAGUGGUGUCCGAUGACUACUUAGAAGGACGUUAUUCUUAUCAGGUGUAG